AUAACCAUUUGGAUUGGUUCCUAUACUAUGAACCACUGAUUUAUAUAUAAACCUUGUGAAUCUUGAUAUCAGAGGAUUUGGAUAACCUAAUGUUUUACCGGCCUCAGAAUCCUAUGCCUUGUUGUAUCAAAGUUUGUUAAUGGUAUGAUUCAUUUGUUUGAGUAAUCAUGGAGUCAAUAAAGAUUCUUACGCUUUGUUUGUGUCAGGGGUACCUAAUUUUUUCAUUGUACUGAUUGUGAUUUAAAGCAUUCAAAUGUUUUCUAAAUCUCGAAGCCCUCGAGGUAAGUUCCUCCAUUUGUAUCUUUCUGUUUGUUUCCUGAGAAAAUAUUGAUUCUUUGGGUUGAACGGCGGUGAGAAACGUUCACAUGAAAAGAUCACCAGGUUCAGCUGUGGUGGAAAUGUUAGCUUGAUCUGUAGGAGCAUUAUAAAUAACAAAAUUCAGCUCACAGAACAUCAACUUAAUAAAUCUGAGGAAUUCUUUUCCGGCAAAGAAUCUUGCCUUUUUUCUCUUGUAAGAAGAUGAAAAUUCUUGCAAAUCCCAACAUAGGGGCAAAGCCAAGAAUCUUGUUUUUUAUAUAUAUAUAUAAAAUAAGCCUUGAACUUCAAGUUAUGAACUUUUACAACUCUUUGGAUUCAAUCGGGCAGCCUUAACAAGAAAAGAACCAGGCAGUUCGGUAUAUAUAAUUAAUUAGCCUCACUUUGAUUUCAGUCUGCGCAUAAACAAUACAUAUAUCUUUGAAUUUUGUGUUCUCUCUUCUUGGAAAAUGGCGGGUGAUCAGACGAAAUCGGUUGCUUCUCUGCUUCUGGUGCUGAACUUUUGCAUGUAUGUGAUUGUUCUAGGGAUUGGAGGAUGGGCCAUGAACAGAGCAAUCGACCAUGGUUUCGCCAUUGGCCCUGAUCUCAAUCUCCCGGCACGUUUCUCGCCAAUCUUCUUCCCGAUGGGGAAUGCUGCCACAGGAUUCUUCGUUACAUUCUCGUUGCUUGCAGGUGUCCUGGGUGCAGCGUCUGCCAUUUCCGGGCUUAACCAUAUCCGUUCUUGGAACCAAGAGAGCUUACCUGCUGCAGCCAUGGCGGCAACUAUUGCUUGGGCCCUCACCCUCCUCGCCAUGGGAUUCGCAUGGAAAGAGAUCGCCUUUCACGUACGAAAUGCACGUCUGAGAACUAUGGAGGCAUUCUUGAUCAUACUCUCAGUCACGCAGCUUCUGUAUAUUGCUGCAGUUCAUGGCGUGAGGAGAUAAAGAAAUCAGUUUCAUGUAUUGAUUGAGGAUCUUUCUUUUUAGGGUUUAACCUCUUGGGUGUGUAUUCAUUGAAUAAAGAUACAGGCUUUAAGGAUUGUAAUUAUACAUCCAUCAAUGGAUGCCAUUGCCAA